UGCGUGCGAAGGGCUCGACAUGUCAUUCAGAGGAAUCCGCCACCUGAAACGCGAGGAAGUGAAGGCGACUCAAUUGGGUAUAAAGCAUCAGCCAACAUCUGCCCCGAGCAGUGCAAAGCUGAUGAAAACAUCAGAUCGGAGCUCACACAGGACCUCUACGAUUUAUUUGAUUUCACUUUGGAUCAUUUGGCAUUACCGAGCCGGUGCACCCAGAGAGACGCAUCACUUUUCUGCACUUUAAGUGAAUGUGUCUCCACAGCCAUCACUAUACUGGAAUUAACUGAUACCCCCAGGGAUUUUGGCGCACCUGUUACCUCCACAGAGCGCGAAAUCAUGAUCCCUCCGGGAGACUGCAUGUAUGCGGGCAGAAAGAGGAGGAAGCCCGUCCAAAAACAGAAGCCGUCUGCUGCCAAUGAGAAAACCAACCCGUCCAAGCGGCACAGAGACAGGCUGAAUGCUGAGCUGGACCGGCUGGCCAGCCUGCUGCCGUUCCCCGCCGAUGUCAUCUCCAAGCUGGACAAGCUGUCCGUGCUGCGCCUUGCAGUGUCCUACCUCCGCGUCAAGAGCUUCUUCCAAGCGAACAAUGAGAAGCCCUCCAGGAAGCACGGCAUCAGCACAGCAUCCUCUAACCCUGAACCCCGGAAAGAGAGCAUUCCCCUGGGCACCACCGUCAAUGAAAGCAGCCUCCUUCUGGAAUCUCUUACAGGCUUUGCCUUGGUGGUGAGCAGUGAUGGCAUGGUUUUUUAUGCCUCUUCAACCAUUGUGGACUAUCUUGGUUUUCAUCAGACUGACGUGAUGCACCAGAAUGUGUUUGACUACAUCCACAUAGACGACCGUCAGGAGUUCAGACGGCAGCUCCACUGGGCCAUGUGUCCCCCACAGGGGAUGUCAGCACACCAGGACAGCCCGCUAGCUGCAGGGACUGGUGAGGACUUUGUAGUGAGCAGCCUGUUCCAUUCUCCGGAGGCAGGGGGAAUUCCUCCUGAGCUCUCCUGCUUUCUCAACAGAUGUUUCAUUGCCAGAGUCCGAUGCCUCUUGGACAGCACCUCUGGAUUCUUGACUAUGCAGUUCCAGGGUCGGUUGAAGUUCCUCCACGGUCAGAAAAAGAAGUCAGCCUCCGGGGCUCUGUUGCCUCCCCAGAUGGCUCUAUUCUGCAUAGGUGUACCCCUCCUACUGCCCUCCAUCACGGAGAUGAAAAUGAAGAACAUGUUAAUGCGGGGAAAGAACAAGGGAGGAGGUGGAGGGAUUAUCUCUGCACUGGAGCAUGAUGAGCGAGGGGAACACCUCCGGAGGCAUUCCUUCAGUGGAGGAAUGGGUGACAUUGCCGACCCUGUCCUCCUCUCCUGUCCCACUCCUGGGGCUACUCAGCGGGGUCACCACACUCCCUGGACCCCGCUCUCCAAAUACAACCUCAAGUACCGCCCUGAGGGUUUCUACAACCAGGAGGAGCCCCUCAACUACUGCAAGUCCACUGUGGAUCCCCAUAAAGGUGUCAGCCCAGGCCUGGGCGGCGGCUGGCCUCUGCGGCCAAACUCAGGCCCCUUGAGAGCAGGCCAGGGUGUUGGCUACAUCCCCUCCAACCGUAUGAACAAGGCCAGCCAGUAUGGGAAGCCAUACCGCCUUUCCCCCAACUGCCACAGCGGCAGAGGUAACGAGGUGUUUGUCUCUAAGCUCUACGGGAACGUCCAGAUUCCCACAGACCCAGAUGCCUACUGUGUGGACCUGGUGAAGAACGAGAACGGCUACGGGGAAUGCUACGAUGGCCAUUUGAUGCCUGAGAUGCCACCCAUCAAGGUAGAGCAAGACUCGGACUCUGAGAACGGCUGCGAUGUCUACGGACGACCCUGGGUUUGCCGUGACCCAGAGGCCAUCGACCGCCACUAUGGUAACGGGGUAUACGACCAGAGCUCAGGCCUCCAUCUCAAAUCAGAGGCAGAUUAUUAUGACCCGCAGUACUCGCCCUGUCAGCGAGGGAAAGCAGGAAUCAGCCCGCCGUACAACAACGGUAACUAUCAGAACUAUGCAGUCAACAACAGCGGGAACACAAGCGGCCGUCUCUUAAAAUGCGACAAAGACUUGGGCAGUAACAAUGACAACAGCCAGUUUAGCCCUCAGAGACUCUCUCACUCAGACUCUCUAUGCAGCAACCAAUCAGUCAACCUCAUGGACUAUUCACAAGAUCCUCACAAGGCCUAUAUGCACCAGGACUAUAACAAGCACGACACUUAUGAGUUCAAAGGGCACAGCCUGGUCCAUUCGAUCAAGCGGGAGCCCAUGGACUCCCCCCCGUGGUCUGAGAGCGCUCAUGACAUGAGCCAGUCCAUGAUGGUUGGUCCACGGAACGUUAUGCCAUGUGUUAUGAGCACAGGGCACCACAAGUCUAGUCCCUACAUUUAUUUGCCAUAAAAGUGAUUAGUGCAAACACAGAAGAUAAUUUCACGCACACACGCAUGUGUA